GUUACGUGGCCUGUGAAAAUGAGCCUGGUGGACAUCACCAAGAUAUUUUCUAUGCUGCAGCCGAAAGAUGAAGAAGGUGACAAUGGGGAAAUAAGUCAGCUGAAUCAAGCAGUCUCUAACGAUGAUGACAAACUGUUAGCUGAACUUUUAUCCCAAGAGAGGUAUGUGAGAUUUAUUAAUAGCCGGAGUGGCUGGGGUGUUCCAGGAACCCCUCUUCGUUUAGCAGCCAUGAGAGGUCACCUAAAAUGUCUAGAGAUUCUCCUAGAUCAUGGUGCUGAGGUGGAUAGUUUGGAUGUGAAGGCACAAACUCCUUUGUUCACUGCUGUUAGUGGCAGGCAUUUGGAUUGUGUCCAGGCCUUGCUUAGGGCUGGAGCUAAUCCCAACGGUAGUAUAUAUAACAACAGCUCACCUAUUCUGGUUGCUGCCAGAGAAGGGGAAGUGGAGAUUUUGAAGGAACUGUUGGAACAUGGAGCAGAAGUCAAUGUCCGUUCCAAAGCACCGGACUGGGCCUCCAAUCCCUGUGCAUGUAGUGGUCCUCUCUACCUCUCUCUGGUGUAUGGACACUUCGACUGCUUUCGCCUUCUUCUUUUGUAUGGAGCCAAUCCAGAUUUUAACUGCACCGAGGAGAGACUGCUGACACGAAUUAAGCCGCGAAAGACUGCGCUGGAGAUGUGUUUCAGAUAUGGCUGUGGGACCGAAUAUGUCCAACUGCUUAUAGACUUUGGAGCAAAUGUUUAUUUACCAGAUCUCACUACAAAUAAAAACAUAAACCAAAAUGAAGUAUUUAAACUCUUAAACAGAGCCAGAGCUCAACCAAGAUGUUUGAUGUCACUAGCUAGGAUAACCAUCCGCAAGUAUCUGAAACAACAGAAUGGACUACAUUGCAUUGACCAGCUGGAUAUACCACCAGUCCUAAAAAACUAUGUAAAACAUCAAAUCUGA